AUGGUAGUCGUUCUUCUGCUUGUCAUUUUCCCACUAUGCCUCAUCAAGGAUCUCGAAAAAUUUUCUGUUAUCAGUUCAUUUGCUGUAUUAUUUUAUGCGAUUUUUGUUAUUCGAAUGGUACUGGAAGCACUACCAGCACUUUGGGAUGGAGCGUGGAGCAUGCAUGUAACUUGGUGGCGGCCGAGUGGCCUUCCCAUCGUGUGCAUGGCAUUGUCGUGUCAAACACAGCUUUUCUGUGUCAUUGAUUGUAUCCGUGAUGCUUCUGUUUCGCGUGUUGACGCUGUCGUCUCGGGAGCGGUUAACUUUUGUUCAGCGAUGUACGCUGGUGUGGGAACAUUCGGCUAUGUGGCCUUCUUUUCCCGAUCUCUUCACGGUGACGUACUCGUUGAACUCGAAUCGUCGUUUCUCACUCAGCUUCUGAAGCUGGCGUUCAUGUUGUCGAUAGCGAUUUCGAUACCACUGAUGUUGUUUCCGGCACGAAUUGCGCGCUUUUUAACUUGGUGUUACGGCCGAUGUUCCUUACAUGUUCUUUGGUUCACGGAAGAUUUCAUGUUGCUUUAUUCCUUUGCAAAGCUUUAUCGUGACGGGUUGUGUGUUCAGACAAACUGCGAGCUACCAGUGUCACAUGCGAUGCGCUACUCGACAUUUCACGUGCUCACUUUUGUGAUUUUACUGUUCAAUUUGUCUGUCGCACUUUUGAUUCCUAACGUGGAAUUUGUGCUUGGAUUAACUGGAUCACUGAUUGGCUCGUUGGUGAGCAUAAUCAUACCGUCUAUUCUUUACUUAGCUGUGAUGAAGAACAGGGACCAUUACAGCGUGUCCUAUGCC